AUGCCAAUAUCACUGAGGAGAAAGGAUGAUAACAAAUCAUCGCCUUCUCCUGCCUCUUCAACUUCAUCCAUUACAUCAGGCGGAGCAUUGAGCGUGACUAGCGCAUCAUCCGUGUUGAGUACAUCACCUGGAUCAUCUCCAAUGGCAAGAGGAAGGUCAGAGUCUGUAACAUCUGAUACAUCCAGCAUUACCCAAAGACUUUCCGCUGAAAAUAUUGAGAAAAUAGAGAAAAUUGGAGAGGGAGCGUUUGGAGAAGUGUGGAAGGGAAUUAACAAAAUAAAUGGAGAAACAGUAGCAAUCAAAAUCAUUGAUCUUGAAGAAGCAACAGAUGAAAUUGAAGACAUUCAAAAAGAGGUUCACGUUCAAAUGAGUGCAAAUUCUCCUUUUGUUGUAAAGGUUUAUGGAGCUUUUAUUAACGGAUCGUUUUUAUGGAUUGUUAUGGACCUUUUGCUUUGUUCUAUUCAAGACAUUAUGGAAAUAUUAACAAAACAACGAGGUGCAAGCGAAACAGUAGGCAUUGAAGAAAAACACAUUGCCGUAAUUAUGCGAGAAACUUUGAAAGGGCUUGAUUACCUUCAUACGGAAAACAAAAUUCAUAGAGAUAUCAAAAGCGCAAACAUUUUGAUUUCAAAGGAUUGUCAAAUCAAAAUCGGAGAUUUUGGAGUUUCUGGACAAUUAACAAAUACGAUGGGAAAUCGAAAACGAUAUACUUUUGUUGGAACACCCUACUACAUGGCACCGGAGGUGAUUGUUAGACAAGGUUAUACAGAAAAAGCUGAUAUUUGGUCUUUAGGAAUAACAGCAAUAGAAAUGUUUAAAGGCUCACCACCAUUAAGUCAUAUGAAGCCAUUCCAAGCUCUUUUAAAAAUUCCAAAAGAACCUUCUCCCAAACUCGAUGAUCCUAGAGCUUCUAAAUAUUUUAAAGAAUUUAUUGAUCUUUGCCUUCAAAAAGAACCCAACGCAAGACCAAGUGCAAAAGAACUUCUCAAAUGCAAGUUCAUAAAAGGUGCCAAAAAGAACUCUGUUCUUUCUGAUUUGGUUGAGGCUAAGCUGAAUUAUGUGAAACCAAUGAAGCUCUCAAAUGGAAGACGUGACGAUGAUUCUGACGACUCAGACGACUCGGAUGAAUCAGAUGAAGGUGACGAAGAAAAUGAAGAAGAAGGUACAAUUGUAAAUAAGAAAUGGGAUUUUGGUACAGUUCAAGAAAAGAAAAAACCAACAAAACCUGAACAGCUUACUCAACAAGCAACCUCUGUAACAUCUCCACACACUCCUCCCAAGAAAGAUCCAGCCUCUAACAAGAUGAAAUUUGAUUUUGGAGACAGUGAAGAUAGUGAUGACAGUGAUGAUAGCGAUGGUGAUGACAGUGAUGAUAACGGUACUGCUAUGAAUACUGUGAAAUCUGCACCAAAGCAAAUUGUUUCCACACCAUCCAACAAAAACACCCCCAACAACAACUCUUCUGCAAACAAUGUGUCUGUAACCGGAUCUAUUGAUCAAAUUUAUGCUGAAAUUCUUUGUGAAACGCUGUAUGACAUGUCACAAGACGAUUUAUCAGAGAGAUUCCAACUUGCCGAGGCCUCUCAGAAAGGCCUUUGCAAAACAGUUAUUCAAUCCAUUCUUAAGAGAAUUGAUAAAAAGAUUAAGGAGGGAGUUCUUACUGAAGAAGCAAGAAACUCCUUGAAAUAA